AUGGAUCUUAUGAAUUGGGUUUUCCAACCAUGCUUGGAUCAGUUCGUCAUGGUAUUCAUCAACGACAUUCUGGUAUACUCUAGGACUGAAGAUGAUCAUGAUGAACUUCUUAGAGUAGUUCUUCAAAUACUCUGGAAGAAACAGCUCUAUGAUAAGUUGAGCAAAUGUGAAUUCUGGUUGAGGGAGUUAAAACUUAGGCAACGUAGAUGGGUUGAGUUGCUUAAGGAUUACGACUGUACUAUUGAGUAUCAUUCCGAUAAAGCCAAUGUGGUGGUCGAUGCUUUCAGUCGUAGAGUAAUGUCUGAUUUGAGAGCGAUGUUUGCUCGCCUAAGUCUGUUUUAUGAUGAGAGUUUGUUAGUUGAGUUACAAGUUAAGCCGACUUGGAUUGAACAUAUUCGGGUUAAGCAGUUAGGGGAUGAUUCUUUGGUAACACGUUUUCAUUUAGUUGAGGAUGAUAGUACUUCUGACUUUGGGCUAUAUAGUGAUGGGGUUUUGUGUUUUCGAGGACGGGCUUAUGUACCCAAUGAUUCUGAUUUGAGGCAUUCCAUUCUGCAGGAAACGCAUAGUAGUCCUUAUGCUAUGCAUCCCGACGGAAAUAAGAUGUAUCGAGAUCUCCGCGAGUUGUAG